AUGACUCAGGCCCCUACUCCCCGCGUCAACGCCUCCACCCGCUCCGAGCACGUCGGCUCCUCCAUCCGCAUCAUUGGCAAAGUUAAUAGCGCAGGCGGCGGCCGAGCGAUUAUCGACGCUGGCGGCGAUGUUGAGAUCUCAUAUCAUGAGGCCGCUACACUGAUCACUCCUGGGCGUUUUGUGGAGAUCCUCGGGAAGGUGAACCAGGACCUGACAGUAACUUGUCUGACUGCGAUUGAUUUCGGAGAGGAUUUGGAUAUGAGCAUCGUCGACAACGUCGUGCAAGUGAGUCAACAGUACCGCGACAUCUUCUACUAGGGAGCACGUGUGCCUGAAGAGCGUGAAUGUGCAGGGAGGGCCGAAGCAUUC